UUUGUUAACCACUCACUAAUAUUUGGGUUGAAGGAUCCGGCAUAGAAAUAUCAAUGAUCGUAUAGUAUUCUCAUCGUGCCGGCCUUUCGGCUUUGCCCUCUCCCGACAUUAUGGGAAACUCCGUUUCCGCAGAGUCUUCGAAGGGCCAGCGAACAACACAGAAGCUAUCCAAACCCAAGACGAGCAACCCUACGGCAGCUGGCCUGUUAAGCCCUAGUGCCGCGUUGAAUUCGGCCAGGCGGCCCUCCGUUUCUCACACUUCAUCCUCUGUGACGUCGCCAAUACUUCCGACGACAGACGCCGCGGCUCCUGCGUCCGCCUCAAGCUGCAAGAGAGAAUUUGAACCUGUCAGGCGCUUAUCGAGGAGGCUCUUUCGUUCCAAUACCUCAAAACGGUCACUCAAUUCCCACCAUAGAAGCAGUAGCGUCGAUACAUCGGCCCCCCAAGAAUCGCAAUGGUCAACCAGAGAAAAUUCGUUGAGAAAUGGGCCCGAUGAAGCUUACCAUUACGGUCAAGUUCCCAUGCACGGGAAUUUGUCGUCAAACGGUUCGCGAACAUCAUUUAAUUAUGAUUCUAGCUCGUACGAAGCUAAGCGACUAUUGAAUCUCGUCGAAGAGCCGUCUCAUGAAAACGGUUCAGUAGUCUCUGAGAAUCAAAAGCAUAUUGCUGAAGCGAUGCGAGGCGAUUUUAGGGGCCGACGACCAUCAUUUCCCGAAUCAACAGCCUCGAUACCUCGAACUAAUUCGGAUGUAUCACUUUAUACUCCAAUGCGAAGAAGAUCUCUGAUGACUCCUGGAAUCGCUACCCGUGAUGUACAGGUCGACACAACCGCUUCGAAACCGCAGACAAGAUACAGCCUUCCUUCGACUCCUGCCCGCCGAGAAUCUAUGGAUUCAAUGGGAGCUAGUGCAGCUGGUCUUACGUUGACCAACAUAGAUCCUGUCCCCCGUGCCCUCACUCCAUGCGAAGCGGAAUAUAUGCAAACAGGCGCUUUCAAGCUUGGCACUCUUCGCAUCACAAAUGGAAGCCCCGCCCGGAGCCCUAUGCGUGAUUCUAAGCUUGAUAUCAAAGGCAAAGAGGUUAAAGAAUUGCCAAUAGAAAAGCCGGCAGAGUUCAAUUUUGGAACGACCAUAAUCGAGUCCUGGAGCACCACACCGAACAAGGAUGUAGUACAAAAUAUUGAGAAUGGCCAAAACUCAGCUGAAAGCUUUUAUCCGGAUGCAACAUACUUGAGACGCUUUACCCAGUCUCCAACAUCCUUCCCUUUCAUGCCUGAGCAUCAACCUAGCCCGGAAAUUCUCAAUGAUACGAUAGUGUCAGAACCGCAGUUCGAAGUGACCAGUAAACAUACGGCUGCAGAAGACAGACUCUUUGACAUUGACGACGAGGCGAAUGAAUUUCCGCCAAUCGAAAUUCUGGAUGUGCGAAUCGACACGAAUGCAAAAUCUCAGAUCCCACGCCUCAAUAUUACUUCAGAGGGGGGAAAUUCGAAGGAAAUUAAUAGGUCAGAUAGCGGUAUUGCAAGUCCCGCAUCUGAAUGUUCACAUGCAACCCUAUCGAAGGCAGACUCGGGCUACAGCUCCAGCGUCUCCCUCCGUUCGUUGUCCUUGAGGCCUCCGGUUCCCGAGAAAGACCGAAUUUUAACUAGGGAGGUUGAGAUCGAGGAAAAUCCUAGUAUGACGCAAAACGAGUGUGUUAACGAGAGUCAACUUACCAGUCAGACCAUUAAGUCCCCUAUUACUGCUAAGCCAGCCAAUAGGAUGUCACCUCCACCUGUCCCUACAAAAGACGUUCGUCGUGUGGCUCCCACCAGCCCAAUGACACCAGGUGAUCCGAUUCCUUCAUUUCGGCAAGUUCCUAAACUGUCAGAGUCUUCGAAUCGCGAUCAUAUGGCAAAUAGGCAUUCAUCUACGACCAGUUCGCGAAACCAGGCCAUCAGCUUCAUCAAAUCUCAUCAGACAUCUUUACGUAAUCCGAACGUGUCUAAUUCCACCCUAACCAUCACCAGCGGCUUUCGUAAGCCCGGUAGACUUCAGAGGUUUUUAAGUGGAGGUCGGACGCCGCUGUCUGUCCAUGAUACACAUCCCACGGAGCACAUAACUGUGCCUGCUGUCUCGGGAGAUAUGCACGCAAAACUUCAGGCACGCGCGAGAUUGUCACAUAGUUCAUUCAGGAGACUAGCAUUGAAGUCUGCGGCUAGUAGGGAGACGCUUGGAACCAUACUGAGUGUAGGAAGCGCCGAAUUGCUUCAAGAUGAAGACUUGUCUCCGAAGAGCUCAGGUGGCCAAAUUAGGGUUAUAGAAAGGAAGCAGGUUUCUCCGCUUUCACCUAUUAAAUCAACCCAUGCUCGCGCUGCCUAUCUCGCUGGCCUCAAGAAACCGAUUCCUCGUAAGCCUGUACCUACUCGAUAUAGAAGUUCUAGCGGAGGAGAGAACUCUACUACACAAUCAAGGUUAGAUGCGGGAAGUUCUGGAGGGAAUGUAAAGAUGGUUCAAUCUACAUUCCGCCAUAGCACAAACGGAACGACCAAUGGAGAUACCCGCCUUGCCGCGGAACACCAGCCAGUAAGGCAUUCCAUGCCUGCCACUCGUCAAACCAGGUCAAAUACUACGUCAAGUCGCGAGAGGGGGGGCUUGGAAAUGACAUAUCCUGCUGCUGGACAUAGCUAUGAUUUUGCUAAACGUAGAUCCCACUCUACGACUUCCCUCGAACUUGCACAACCUGCUUCGAAUCUGAGGUUCUCAAAAAGCCCUCCCCCAGUGAGCAUGAGGACUCGGAACCUUGGCUCUCUACGAGUCCCUUCACCUGCGAGGUCUCGAUCGACCCCGCCAGAAAGCAUAGGGCAGUCGGGGCAGUCGGGGCAGUCAGGACAGCCACCAUACUCCCGUCAAGGAAGCAGGGAUGGCAACUCAAGAAGCGAUAAUAUUCCUAGUCACACUGCAGGCCAUAUUAUAAUGUCUAAGAGAGCUAGCCGGGAGAGCUUCCACGGCCAGCCUCAUAUGCAAAACCAUCGCUAUACUAAUAUGCAUGCUAUGCCUGGGGGUGCUGGGGGUGGAAGCUUUCAAGCAGAAUUCGUAGAUCCCCGAGCACGGAACUGGAAUGUUCAGGUAGGCCGUGGUCCUUCUCCAUCUCCACGACCGUCUCCACGACCGUCUCCACGACCGUCUCCACGGCCAUCCCCACGGCCAUCUCCACAACCAUCGGCAGAUCUCAGCCGUCGGAGUUCAUUCGCAAGUCAAUCUAGCCAACAGAGCUCAGCAACUACCGGACCAAAUUUCUUUCAACAUCGUCAUCACUCACAGCCAAACCUUCCAUCACUGCACCGCCAAUCUAGUUAUGAUGAGUACAAUCUCAUACCGCAGAAUAGUAGCAUUCGGGAUAAUGGUCCCUAUCCAUCAUUGUCUCGCAAUGGGCAGGCAGUCGUCACCGAUCCUUGGAGCGGCCGAUCGAUGUCGAUGCCAAAGCAGAUGGAUGAGCGAUGGGACCAGCCCGUCCGAUAUCCUGCACAGCCUCCUCGACGUCAUUCGCGACAUAGGAGUUUGGAUCAACACGGUAAUCCCAUGCCCUAUCGGGUUCUUCAUUCUUACAACUCACCCGCCUACCGAAACGUCCCAAUAUGGAGAUAACCUACACGACACAUUUUCUCAACCCGUAUUCUAGAGACACUUAUUAUUCUGCAUGGGAAUGCAUUCCCAACUUUUCCUUAUGUCUUUACUCAUCACACUGCAUUCUUGGCGUUUUGAUUUAUGGCCGCAUAUACCAGGUCAUCCCACGAUACUCGGCCACUCGUCUUGUUAUCAUUAUUCUCAAGCAUUCUGAGAUUUCCUUUACGAUACAGAAGGGGUUAGAUUAGGAAAGAGGAGUAGGAAGACAAUUUGAGGGGAUUUUUUACGAGACAGAAGAAGUGGUGGUGUUUUCGAUUCUGGAUGAUAACGGGCAACACUUUUAUGACAUCAGG